UUCAGUAAUCCCAUUGUACGACGCACUCCAACAAUCAGAAUAUAUAGUCGUCCUUGGUUUGAUAAAUUUUUUAAUAAGUGGUAGAAGAGUUUCAGAAGAACGGUCAGGUACAAAGACUAAAAAGCCUAUUUUUAUCCUCUCUAUCCCAUCCUCCGUUGAAUUUGCACUUGCACAUCAUAGAUUCAUCUAUUUCUACGAUGUGCCCAAGUCCACCAAUUUGGUUGGGGUUACGCAAAAGAUAAUUACUUGUAAUGUCCCUCAUGUACUGAUACCAUUGAACAACAGUAGAUUUUGAAAGAGCGACUUUUUAAUGGACUCCUUACCAAAAACAGAUAUUGGCGCCAAGAAUUGUAUAUAUGGGAUACAUCAUCAAUAUCCAUCAUAUUUUAAAGACUAAAAGAAAAUGUUAGACAGGAAAGAUAUAACUUUGCUUAUAUAACUCUAUGGCAAAUUACAGGCUUAUAUAUUUUGUAAACUGAGAUUGAUAACAAUAAUUCUUUUGUUGACAGGCUGGAAUGUGAGCAAGGUGAGUUUGCAUAUGAAUUAAAAUGGAGUUUACAACUCAAUCCAGAUAUUGACAAAAAUCACAGUAGUAGAAAUAUUUAAAAGGAAUGAAAUAUAGAAAUGUAAAGAAGAUAAACAUCUGUAUAUUAUUAUGAGAAAAGAAAAAGAAUGCAAGAUAAAUAAUGUGUGAAUAAGUUUCAAUAUAAAACACAGUUUAAAAGAAUUGAUUUGCAUAGUGACAUGUAUAAAGAGGAAAGGAAAACAUCACACCACUGUGAUAUUUGUGGGAAAUUAUUCUCUGAAAGUCAUAAAUUAAUAACACACAAAUACACUCAUACAAGCGAGAAAUCAUAUCAUUGUGAUAUUUGUGGCAAAUCAUUCUUUAAAAAUGGUAACUUAACAAUACACAAACGUAGUCAUACAGGAGAGAAGCCAUAUCGCUGUGAUAUUUGUGACAAAUGCUUCUCUGCAAGUAGUAACUUAACUAAACACAAACGUACUCACACAGGAGAGAAACCAUAUCAUUGUGAUAUCUGUGGUAAAUCAUUUUUUCAAAGUCAUCACCUAACUGAACACAAACGAAGUCACACAGGAGAGAAACCAUGUCAUUGUGAUAUCUGUGGCAGAUCAUUCUUACGAAGUAAUAACUUAUCUAGGCACAAACGUAUUCACACAGGAGAGAAACCAUAUCAAUGUGAUAUCUGUGGUAAAUCAUUCACUCAAAAUGGUGAAUUGAUUUCUCACAAACAUAUUCACACUGGAGAGAAACCAUUUUGCUGUAAUAUUUGUGGCAAAUCAUUCACUCAGAGUGGUACCUUAACUAGUCACAAACGUAUUCACACAGGAAUGGAACCCCAUUGUGACAUUUCUGGUAAAUCCUUCUCUGCAAGUAGCAGCUCUAUUCAACUGGAACAAAGUCAUACAAGAGAGAAACGCAAACCAUAUCACUGUGACAUCUGUAGCAAAUCAUUCUCCGUAAAAAGUUACUUAGUGAAACACAAACAAAUUCAUACAGGAGAGAUAUCAUAUUGUUGUGAUAUCUGUGGUAAAUCAUUCUCUGGAAGUGGUAACUUAAAGACACACAAACGCAUUCAUACAGGAGAGAAGCCAUAUCACUGUGAUAUAUGUGGUAAAGUAUUCUCUGCAAGUAGCAGCUUAAUUAAACAUAAACGUAUUCAUACAGGAGAGAAACCAUAUCACUGUGAUAUCUGUGGCAAGUCGUUCCCUCAAAAUCAUCAUCUAACUGAACACAAACGAAGACAUACAGGAGAGAAAGGAUAUCACUGUGACAUCUGUGGCAAAUCAUUCUCUGUAAACAGUUACUUCAUUAAACACAAACAAAUUCAUACAGGAGAGCAAUCAUAUUGUUGUGAUAUUUGUGGAAAAUCAUUCUCUGCAAAUAGCAGCUUAAUUAAACACAUACGUGUUCAUACAGGAGAGAAACCAUAUCAGUGUGAUAUCUGUGGUAAACCAUUCUCUCAUAAUUAUAACUUAAAUAAACACAAACGUAUACAUACAGGAGAAAAGCCAUAUCAUUGUGAUAUCUGUGGCAAAUCAUUCGCUCAGAAUCAUCACCUAACUGAGCACAAACGAAUUCAUACAGGAGAGAAACCAUAUCACUGUGAUGUUUGUGGUAAAUCAUUUUCAGAAAGUUGGAACUUAAAAAUGCACAUACGUAUUCACACAGGUGAUAAACCUUAUCACUGUGAUAUUUGUGGCAAAUCAUUCCCCCAAAGUGGUCAGUUAAUCAAGCACAAACACAUUCACACAGGAUAGCCAUAUCACUAUGAUAUAUGUGGUUGAUCAUUCUCUGCAGGAAGUCACUUAAUCAGACAAAUAUAUUCAUAGUUGAGGGAAAUCAUUCUCUCAAAACGGUCACGUAACUACACACAUACAUAUUCAUACAGGAGAGAAGCCAUAUCAAUGUGAUAGCUUAUCAGUGAUAAAUCUUUCUCUAGAAUGAGUAAUUUAAUUACACAUGAGAAACUAUACAGGAGAGAAACCAUAUGUGUGUUACCCAUGGCAAAUCAUUCACUUAACAAAACAUGUAGGUAUUCAUUUACUGCAGUAACUAUAUCAAUGUGAAAAUUCAAGUCAUCAAUGAUAGUUUCAAUAAAUGACGUAUUUUUCA